AUGGGAGCAUACACCCCUUUCCCUGCUGUUCGGGGGGCUGACCGCCGCAGUGACGGAAGAGAAGGCCACCCCGAGUGUUGUGGGGGAGAGUCGCCAGUGACUUUGCCGCAUCUUCGCCGCUACCCGGCGAGCUGCGGGGCAGCCUUGGGGCUGGAAGUGGCCGCCGGGCGGGUCUGGGGACCAGGUCUGAAUACGGCUCGCGGCCUCCUGCGCCGACCCUCCGCGUCCCAUUCUGGCGUGAACCAGGAGAUCAACCUCCGGCGCCGCCGAGGGCCCUCCCGGCGGGAGCCCGCCGGUCGGCAGGAGCGGUCCGGGGGCGCCCUCCAGCGGCCGCGGCCCGGAAGGAGGCCGACCUGCAGGACCCACGGCGGGGAGCGGGGGCUGGCGGUUCCCCAGCGUCCGGCCUCCGACGCCUCCGCCCGCCGGCGCCCCGCUCCUGCCGGGCUGGGGGGAUCUAGGAGCCGAAGGGAGGCUGCCGUGGGACAGGAAAAACGAGACGCCUUCGGGGGGGACGCCGAGGGGCGGGCGCGGCUGCGGGGGGGACCCCGCGGCAGGCCGGGUCUGGCUCGUCCGGGUCGGGGCGUCGUGCGGUCCCGGUGUCCUUCCCGGGCCCCGCCAAAGCCCCGCGGGCCGCCGCUGGAGCGGAGCCGGCGGACGCCGUGCUCGGGUCGCGGCCUGGGGCGGUUCGCCCGCUUGGCCCGGACGAGCCCCGAGGUCCGGCACGUCCCAGCAUCUUCUCAAGUUCGGGCCCACGUGUCUGACGUCACACUCGCCGCUGUAGGGCCACUUCCGUGCCCAGUCGGUGGCCUUCACCGUGCGGCGCUGUCGUGCGCGCGUCGUCGCCGCGGGGUCCCCGAGCAGCCGCCGCCAGGGCGCCGCGACCCGGCCUGGUGCCUCCGCCCGCGCGGCCUCUCGGGACCGGCGGGGGCGCACCGCGGGGCGGGGUGCGGUCCCGCAAGCUCGCCCUGCCCUGCGCUGGCCGCGUCCGUGAGCGCCGCCGCGGGAUCCCCGUGCGGCCGCGGGUCCGAGCGGCCUCCCUCGGGCGGGGACACUCCGCCGCGCGCUUCCCCUGUGCCGGGGCUCGCGGACGCCUGCGCUGUCCCCCCUCGCCCGGCUGGGGCGGUGCGGGACGCGGCGCGCCAGCCCCGCACGGCCGCGCGCUCCCACGUCCCACCGCCGCGUCCCUCCGCCCGGGGCUGUCGCCGCAGCGGCCCGAGGGCUACAGGGCGGGACCCGCUUUCUCAGACGUCUGUGCGCGCGAGCCGAGAGCGGGGCCUGUGCGGGGGCCGGGCGGAGGCAGGCGGAAGGGGGCGGCCGCUGCCCGCGGCGCAGGGAGUCCCGUGCGGGCCCAGUCGCAGGACCCCGGGAGCGCGACCCGAGCCGACGGCAGACGCUGCACCGACGAGCCCCGGCGCCCCCGAAAGCGACCUUCUCCUUCGCUACUCUGUGUCCACUGACGGCGGCUGGUCGGGGGCCGACGACCGGUCACCGCCAGCCCCACCCCCGCCGACCGUCAGGGACGCCGCUGCUGUCCGCGGGGGUGGGCUCGUGGCUUUGGGAUGCGCGGGAGCGGGGCGGGGGGCGAGCAGAGGCGGCGCGGGCCGCCGUGACAUCGCGACACCGUGCGAGGGCGCCCCCGGCCCGCGCGGCGCGGGGCCUUCCGGUCGGCCAGACCGCCGCCCCAUGCACGGACCCGCUACGGGGCGGGGGGGCGCGGCCUCGAUCGCGGGCUCACGGCGCCCACUGCCGGCCCGCAGCCGAGCGUUCCCGGAGGGGCCCCGCCGUCCCCGCCCCCCCGCUCCGGCCCGGCCCCCGGCGCCUGCCCCGCCCCCGCCGCGCGGCCCGCCAGGAACCGCGCGUCCAUUGGCCGACAGCGCGACGGUCCGGGCCAAUCGCGCGAGGGAGGCGGCCCAGCGCCCAGUGGGAGCGCGGUGGGCGGGGCUGCGGGCGCGUGCGCACUGGACCCACUGCGGCCCCGCCCCCGUCCGACCCGGGUUCCCGCGCGGGCUUCGCUCCGGGCCGCCUCUGGAAGCCUGGGCGCCCCUCCCCGCGCCGGCCUCGCCGGGUGCCCCCGCGUCGGUGCUCGCCCGCCCCUCGUCGGCCCCGGGCGCGCGGACCCUCCACCCAGGACCGGGAGGAGGAAGCGCCGGGUCGCCGCGGCGUCCUCACCCGGCGGGCGUCCGCGCGCCGCACAAAGGGGAGGCGCGGGCCGGGCGAGACGGCCCUCGGGGCGCGCUGGGCGGCAUCUGGCCGCGCAUCUGCGAGACAAAGGCGUCCCCGGGCCGCGAGGCCGCUGCGGCGGGGCCCCGGCAGGGCGGGCCGGCCUCGCCCUCCCCCGUGCCCGCCUCCGCUCGCCUCCCCCCCGCCCCAGCCCCAGAGCCCGGUGGAGAGGCUUUGGGAGAAUUUCCGUUAGGUCAGCUCUGCUUCAGGGGGAACUAG